GCCAGUUCCAUCAGGUUGGAGUGCAAAGAUUUUUCUUUUCUCAUUCGCACGGCCAACAAAUUUUUCAACGUUACAUAAAAUUCACAAGACUUUUUCAAUUAAUUUCCGCAUUGGUUUCGGCUGCUUUCAGAGCAGUUUUCAAACUGGACUUCAGCAUUCGAGUGAGCAGGAUGUGCAAGUAUCCGAGAAUCGCAUGAUUAACGUGCUCCACAUCGCACAAGGGCGCCAAGAAGUUGCAAAUCAACCCAAAUCCGAGACAAAAUUUAGUUUUAUUUUCUAGAUUGCUGUUAAACUUAAUGUGACCCCACAGUAGAGAAACCAUUCGAGAACCAUUGCGGAAACUGGAGGCCAACGAAAUUGUUAAAGAAAAUUCUGAUAAAAUCGAUAAACUUCGCACGCCUUCUUGACACCACCGCAGCCGCCGCCAUCAGGCGAGACCACCCCCACCACCACAACCACUACUACUACCACUACCACCACCACCAUAAGCCAUCCCACCAUCAUCAGGGCCGUUUAUAGCCAGCAUCCAACAUGUCAUUCAUAGCCAAAUUGAAAGCCACGCCAUUGCCGCCUCUGAGAAACAUACUCAAUGUGGCCGUGCAAACGGCUCGACAGCAAAUUCCAGAGCGCAAGGACUACGAGCAACCGCCGGGCAGCACCGCAGCGCACCAACACCACAGCCAGCAGGCACAACACAAGUCCAUGGAGGCGGGCAUGGAUGGCGAGCAGACCACCGAGAUGAGCUCGAAUCCCUUCCGGAAUGCCGGCAGCUGGGCGAACGAGGGCGAUGGCGGAGGCGAUGGCGAGUACAGGAACGAGUACCAAAGCACAUCCUUCAAUGAGUACGAUGGCAGGUAUCAGCAAACGGACGGGUUUAGGCAAGGUAGCAUUGCAUCGGAGGGAAGCUCAUUUGUCUGCGAGGGAGAAGGUGGCGGCGGCUGCAAAAUCGACGAGUUCCAGGCUGCAUGGAACGUGACAAACGCCAUCCAGGGCAUGUUCAUCGUAUCGCUACCUUUUGCCGUGCUCCAUGGCGGCUAUUGGGCCAUCGUGGCUAUGGUGGGAAUAGCACACAUCUGCUGCUAUACGGGCAAGGUCCUGGUGCAGUGUCUAUAUGAACCGGAUCCGGCAACGGGACAAAUGGUGAGAGUACGCGACAGUUAUGUGGCCAUUGCCAAGGUGUGUUUCGGACCCAAAUUGGGUGCCCGGGCUGUUAGUAUUGCCCAGCUUAUUGAGCUUCUGAUGACCUGCAUCCUUUACGUAGUGGUUUGCGGUGAUCUUUUAGCUGGAACGUAUCCACAGGGCUCGUUUGAUUCGCGAUCCUGGAUGCUGUUCGUGGGCAUUUUUCUGCUACCCAUGGGCUUCCUGAAGUCACUGAAAAUGGUCUCGACCCUCUCAUUUUGGUGCACAAUGUCGCACAUUGUGAUAAACGCCGUAAUCCUGGGCUAUUGCCUGCUGCAGAUCGGCGAUUGGGGUUGGUCCAAGGUCCGCUUCAGCAUCGACAUGGAGAACUUUCCCAUCUCACUGGGUGUGAUCGUCUUCUCGUACACCUCGCAGAUCUUCCUGCCCACUCUUGAGGGCAACAUGAUCGAUCGAUCUAAGUUCAACUGGAUGCUGGACUGGUCUCAUAUCGCUGCUGCUGUUUUUAAGGCCGGAUUCGGGUACAUCUGCUUUCUAACCUUCCAGAAUGACACACAGCAGGUGAUCACUAAUAAUCUGCACUCGCAGGGCUUUAAGGGCAUGGUGAACUUUUUCCUGGUCAUCAAGGCUCUUCUUAGCUAUCCCUUGCCAUACUAUGCUGCCUGUGAAUUGCUCGAACGCAACUUCUUUAGAGGUCCACCAAAGACCAAAUUUCCAACCAUCUGGAAUCUGGACGGGGAACUGAAGGUUUGGGGCCUGGGCUUCCGCGUCGGUGUCAUUGUAUCCACCAUACUGAUGGCCAUCUUCAUACCCCACUUCUCCAUUCUGAUGGGUUUCAUUGGCAGCUUCACUGGCACUAUGCUAAGCUUUAUCUGGCCUUGCUAUUUCCACAUCAAGAUCAAGGGACACCUGCUGGAUCAGAAAGAAAUAGCCAAAGACUACCUCAUCAUUGGGCUCGGUGUGCUCUUUGGCGUUAUUGGUAUUUACGAUUCGGGCAAUGCCCUGAUAAAUGCAUUUGAAAUCGGUCUUCCAUUUUAAAUUGAUUGUAAACUAUCUAAUCAAAAGAUUCUUAUUUUGUGAUUCCUUCCACUUUUGGGCAUGGCAUGUCUUCCAGAUGUUUUGUCAUCACAUUUGGCUGUGCCCAAAAUGACGAAGAAUCACCCAAACAUACCAUUCACUCGAAACGAAAUUGAAAACAAUAAUAUUAGUCUAUAAGAAACGAAACGCAAGUCUUCCAAACAAGCGAAAAAAUGUCUUCCAAACAAAUAUAAUAAUAAUAAUAAUUUAUGUUAUAUACAGAAAAUAAGUUAAGAGAAACGAUGAAUAUAUGAAUAUACAUAAGUAUGUACGAAUAUGAGAAGAGAAAUAUUUAUUGUGUUAAUAUGCAUUAUAAGAUUUAGAGAAAUUGAAACAGAGAAAACCAAUAAACUGCAAAUGUACACCAUUAUACAAAAACAAAA